UCCAUUCAUCUUCACUCCUUCAUCCUUUUUUUUUUUUGAACGUCCAACAUAAGAAUCGCCGGGUACUCCGUACGCGGCACCCAUUGGCCGAAAGGUAGCCCGCGGCAGCCCAACCUGCACGCACGGAGCCCCUAGCCCACCAUGCCACCAGUUCCGGGGAAAACCCGACCCUGCACCCGCCCGAGGGCACGACAAUGCAGAACCGGUAAAACCCGGGUGGAUCAGGAAUCGAACUUGAGACCUUUCGGUCAAAAGUCUUCCCUCAUUUCCAUCCUUCAUCCUAAUCAUCAUCAUCAUCUUCUCAAUCCUCCAGGUAACAUUCUCUCUACUUCAUCUCCAUAUUCAGAUUCCGAUUUCCAUUCAGUUUCAGACAUGUUCAACGCUCCAUUCGUGCUCCUAUUCGCUCUACUCCUAACCCUACCUCUCAUUAUCCUCUUCGCACCACAUAUCCUCCCGCCAAAACGCCUCACAAUCUCCAUCUCCGACGAGUCCGACGACCUCGCACUUUUCCGGCGAGCGGUUUCCUCUACACGUCACCGGCCGGGAUCCGUACAACGCCUCGGCUCAACAAACGCUAAACCUAAAAUCGCCUUCCUGUUUCUCACCAACACCGACCUACACUUUGCUCCGAUCUGGCAACUGUUCUUCAAUCCAGCGAAAUCUAGUCGCCGGAAGCUGUAUAAUAUCUAUGUACAUGCGGAUCCGGAUUCCGACGUCAAAUCUCCCGGCGGCGUGUUUGAAAACCGCUUUAUUCCGGCCAAAAAAACGCAGCGGUCUUCUCCAACGCUCAUCUCCGCCGCUCGCCGCCUCCUCGCCACCGCUGUUCUCGACGAUCCAUUGAACUCUUACUUCGCUCUUGUUUCGCAAAACUGCAUUCCGUUACACUCGUUCAGUUACGUGUACAACACGCUAUUUCAAUCUCAACUGCCUAAACCGAGUCGACUCAGUUUCACUGAACCGAGAAGGCCGAGUCGACUCAGUUUCACUGAACCUAGAAGACCGAGUCGACUCAGUGACACUAAACUGAAUAGGCCGAGUCGACUCAGUUUUAAUGAACCGAGUGGACCGAGUCGACUCAGUUAUAUUGAGGUGUUAUCUGAAGAGCCACAGCUAUGGGACAGGUACAUAGCGAGGGGCAAAAACGUAAUGUUACCAGAAAUUCCGUUCGAUAAGUUUCGGAUCGGGUCACAAUUCUAUAUCCUGACCCGAACGCAUGCAUUGACAGUAAUUAACGACAGGAAGUUAUGGAAAAAGUUUCGGUUGCCGUGUUUGAACGUGGAUUCGUGUUAUCCGGAGGAGCAUUACUUUCCGACCCUAUUAUCGAUGGAGGAUCCGAAAGGAGUUAGUGAGUAUACGUUAACGAAUGUGAAUUGGACGGGUAGUGUGGAUGGGCAUCCGUAUAUGUAUAGUCCGGCGGAGGUGUCGCCCGAGUUGAUUCGGAGGCUUAGGGUUUCAAAUUCGAGUUUUUCGUAUUUGUUUGGACGAAAGUUUUCCCCAGAAUGCGUGGUGCCGUUGAUGAGAAUCGCGGGAAAGGUUAUUUUUCGGGAUUGAUGUGGAUAUGGACAAAGAGGUGAUUGGUGGUGCAGGCUCACAGUGGAGUUUAUUGGUGGAAGAAAACGUAUCAAAAACCUAAAGGGGUGUGAUUCCUUUCUUCAUUUCCUACUUCUCCCGUUUGCUUUUGUUUUUUGUAAAUAUUCUUUCUGUCGUGGGUCUUUUGUGUUUAUUUUAUUGUCGAGUAUCGAUGUGAUAUGAUAUGAUGUAAUAAAAGGAUUACAUCUUUCAUGUUUCGAACGAUAGAUGGUAGUUCGUCGGUGGAAGAAUACGCAUAUCAAAAGUCUAAAGGGGCGUUAUGCGAUUCGUCAUUUCCUAUGUCUCUUGUUUGCUCUUGGUAAUGUAAAUACUCUUUUGUAUAUUUUUCGUUAAGGGGUGUUGAUGUGACACGACGUCCAUAUAUUAUAAUGAUGUGAUAAAACAAUUGCAUCUUGUAUGUUUUAAAGGAUAGUUGUAAAGGUUUCACUUUUGCCA